CAUCCCACGUAUAUAAAGUACUGAUAUUAAUGCUGUCUUCAGUGGCGAGGCCUGGCAGCGAGGGGCGCACUACACUAGUCACCACCCUGUUACGCCUUUUUGCUCGAAUCUUCACACAAGCCAAUGCCUCUAAGGUCAUCGGGGCCUAUAUUCUUUUUAUUAUUAUUAAAUAUCGUAGGACUACAUAUGGUGUUCGACCGAGACCUGACCUGAAAGGACCACGAGGAUUGCCUCUUAUUGGGAACACUUUCGAGCUGAUGCGACGACCCCGUACACAAAACUAUCAGCGCCAGACAGAGAACCAUGAAGUCAGAUAUGGCUCAUGUUAUACCGUCUCAUUACCAGGGAUUGGUAGGAUUAUCAAUGUCACGAACCCAGAGAUGAUUGACCAUGUGCUAAGAGUCAAUUUUUGGGCCUAUGAAAAGGGUCCUCGCCUUAGAAGCGUUAUCGAGCCAAUGGUUGGGCAAGGGAUCUUUGGGGCCGAUGGCGAGCACUGGCGUUGGCAGAGAAAACUUGCAAGCCAUAUCUUUAACGUUAAGUCAUUCCGCUCCUAUACCAGCAAUGUCUUCUGCCAUGAAGCAAACCUCGUCAUUGAUUACCUUUCAACAAUUGCGGAUACAGAUAAAGUGGUUGACUUGCAGAAUAUCUUUUAUCAAUUCACUCUCGAUUCGUUCGGCGAAAUUGCAUUUGGACAAUCGUUUGGGUGCCUCAAAAACCCAGAGCAAGAAGUUGAAUUUGCUGUAGCAUUCGACCGUCUUAAUCAUGCGUUGUCAGAAAGGAUUGUUUCACCUAUCUGGAAGAUCAAGGACUGGUGGACAGGGCACGGAGAUGUAGUCCGUAAAGACACAAAAACUGUGCACGAAUUUGCUUACAACGUCAUACGGAAACGUCGCCAGGAGAUUGAAGAGAAUGGCGGGCACGAGCGUGAACAUAAAGAUCUAAUGCAGUUGUUCAUGGAUACUCGAGACGAGCAUGGGGAACUUUUGUCGGACGAAAUGCUUAAAGAUGAGCUGAUCAAUAUGAUUCUGGCUGGUCGUGAUACUACGGCACAAGCGUUAUCUUGGAUGUUCUAUCUCAUGCAUCGAUCAGAAGCGAGUCCUGAGAUUCUUCGCCAGGCGACAGAGGAGAUUAACGAUGUUUUGAAAGACAACCUUCCAACGUACGACUCAAUCAAGCAGCAAAAAUAUGUUGAAGCAUGCUUUUAUGAGACUUUGAGGCUGUAUCCAUCAGUCCCUCAGAACAUAAAGGUUUGCGUACAAGAUGAUGUCUUGCCAGGCGGCAUUCGAGUGUACAAGGGCGAGAAUAUUGGGUGGUGUUCAUGGGCAAUGGGUCGAUUAGAAUCUCUUUGGGGGCGCGAUGCCAAGGAGUUCAAGCCUGAGCGGUGGUUGACUGGGGAAAAGCCAUCCUCUGCCAAAUUUGUAUCAUUCCAUCUCGGUCCUCGUACAUGUCUCGGCCAGCAGUUUGCUACAAUUGAAGCCAUCACUAUCACAUCAAUGCUUCUUCAAAAGUUCACGUUUGAACUUGUGGAUCCAGACACAGAGCCGACGUAUAUCCCCGCACUUACGCUCCCUAUGGCAACUGGACUUGCCGUACGUGUGAAACAUCGUGCAGUAAAUGCACAAUCUGAGGCGAUCAGAUCUUGAUAUGACAGUAAAACAAAGUAAAUAGAAAGGAAUGUUUAAAACCUGGGGUUGUGCAUCUCAAGGUCCUUUAAUAAACUUUGCUGCGGAGAACUGCGGAGAAAUACAAGAUCG